UCCUCCCUCCUUGCUCUGAGCUCCAGGCUGCCCCAGUCCUGAGCUCUGCCUGGGAGAUCGCAGCAGCUCCCUCUUUGCCCAGCAGCUGCAGGUCACCCGGCGGGAAAAUGGACAACUCGCCGUACGCCUUCCCGGCCCACAGCAACCAGCUCUUCCCACACCACAACUAUGAGCACCUGAAGGAAGAGCAUGAGAUCGGGGUGGUCCCCCCGGGGGCCACCGUCAGCUCCACCGUUAUCAGCAUGCACCCGUACCAGCCCCCGCCCCGCGACCACAUCAUCUGGUCCAUCUUCAGCACCCUCUAUGUGAACUUCUGCUGCCUCGGCUUCAUGGCGCUGGUUUUCUCCGUCAAGGCCAGGGAUCGUAAAGUCGUCGGUGACCACAGCGGCGCAAGCAGCUACGGCUCCACCGCCAAGUGCCUGAACAUCAUGGCCCUGGUCCUGUCCCUCCUCUUGCUCAUCCUCAUCAUCAUCCUCGUGACAACAGGGGUCAUCGCUGUCACACACGCAGUGCAACCUGGCGACUAGACCCACCGCAGCUGGCUAGGGAGAGGGGUGUCCUGGCUUUUAUCGUGCCCCCGAGGCAGGGCUCCCCCGCCACACUUCCUACACUUCCGACCUCUCUCUCCAGCUCUGCUUGCUCCCUCACUACCGGCGCCUGGCUGCCUC